CAAAGCAUAUUCUAAUACACAAACGCUAUUUUCCAAAAAUGAGUUCCGAAGAUACAAAAGAGAAAAUACUAAAUCUUGCAAGAAAAAGCUCGAAAGGAAUUACAGACAAGGAUAUAAUUGCUGAAAUACCUGGCAUAUCAUCAGUAGAACUAGUAACUGCUUUAAAUGAUCUGCUGAAACAAGAACGUUUUGAUUUAUUUAAUCAAAACGGAUCUUUAAUUUAUAAGUUGAAAACUCAAACAAAUAAGCACGCAAUCAAAGGAGCAGAUAAUGAAGAAAAGGUAGUCUAUAAUCUGAUUGAAGAAGCAGGAAAUAAAGGAAUUUGGAUUAGAGAUAUUAGGAUCCGUUCGAAUCUUGCAAACACUCAACUGACUAAAGUCCUCAAAAAUUUGGAAAGUAAAAAAGUGAUAAAAGCUGUGAAAUGUGUUAAUGCCUCUAAAAAGAAGGUUUAUAUGCUUUACAACUUGGAACCAGAUAGAUCAUUGACAGGGGGAGCUUGGUACCAAGACCAAGACUUUGAAUCCGAGUUUGUAGAUGUCCUCAAUGUACAAUGCCACAGGUUCUUGAGUCAAAGAGCUGAUAAUAUGAGAAACAAUCCUAGGGGACCUGUUUUUGGACGAACACAAGCUUAUGCCACUGCUACUGAAGUCCAAAAAUAUAUUACUGAUCUGGGAAUUAGUAAAGUUGUAUUAGAUGUUGAUGAUGUGACAACAAUUUUAAACACCCUAGUGUAUGAUGGGAAGGUAGAAAAAAGUGUGUUUCCCGAUGGAAGUAAUGUAUAUAGAGCUAUAGAAACUCUUAUACCAUCUUCAGGCCUUGUUCAAGUGCCAUGUGGAAUAUGCCCCUUGAUUCAAAGAUGUAAUUCCUCAGGACUAAUUACUCCACAAGUUUGUAAUUAUAUGACUGAAUGGUUGGAAUAAUUAAAAAAAAAAU